AUGUCGGAAUUCUUCAACGACACCACUACGGCGUUCUAUAUUAUCUUGAUCGUGUGGAUAGCUGACCAGUACGACGCGAUCUGCUGUCACACGGCCAUCGCUAAACGUCAUUGGUUGAGGUUCGUGUUUGCGGAGGGUAGGGUCGUCACAGCUCGCGGCCUGCGGUGCGUUACUGCGGUCAGCGCGCAGCCUCAUGACGGCCGGGCCGGCUGCCCGCAUAAAUCUCACGACCGCCAAUUAAGGCCCGCCCCGACAGUUUGUCUACGACGCCGCCCUGAUUGCUUUCGCGACCGAUCCGGUGAUACAUGGACGACGGAAUUAGACGACGUGAUUUUGCCGUGCGAUUCUGGGAUCAAGAGUUCUUGUAGUGUGUAUCGAUUGAUUGCCGCUGAUUUCGCUCUGGUUGAAUUUAUAUUUUGCUUCCAGUUGUUUUUGGAGGUGUCGCGGGAACAUGGAAAUACUGUAUUUACGAUCCCACACGGAAAGCAUGUUAAAGAAUACAGUCCAUAG